AUGGCCCUGUCCGAGCACAAGAGCCCCGUCGUGAUUGGCAUAGCGGGGGGCUCCGGCUCCGGCAAGACAACCCUUGCUCGUGCCAUUGCCAAGCGGCUGGGAAAGCAGCUCCUUCAUCUGGAGUUUGACUCGUACUACAAGGACCUGGCGCACCAAACCUCCGCGGAGCGGGCAAAGGCGAACUUUGAUCAUCCAGAUAGUCUCGACGCAGCCCUGCUUCAAAAGCACCUCCUGUUGCUCAAAAGUGGCGGGUCGAUCGACGUCCCCGUCUAUGACUUUGCGACCCAUACUCGCCGGAAGCAGCCCCGGCGGGUAGCGCCCGCGCCGCUCAUCCUCGUCGAGGGCAUCCUCCUCUUUUCCGUGCCCGAGCUCGCCACUGCGUGCGACAUCAAGAUCUUUGUGGACGCCGAGCCCGACCUUCGCUUCAGUCGCCGCCUCCGCCGCGACAUCGUGGAGCGCAGCCGUUCCGUCGAUGCCAUCAUCGGGCAGUGGGAGGAGACGGUGAAGCCGAUGCACGACAAAUAUGUGCAGCCCUCCAAGCGGGUUGCCGACAUCAUCGUGCCGAAUGGGAUGAACCCGGUGGCAGUGGAAAUGGUCGUCGCGAGGCUCGAGUCCCUCCUGCAUUCGCGAGGAUAG